AAAACACUACAUUUGUAAAAAAAUAAAAAAUAAAAAAAAAAGAGUAAAAACCUCAACCUCAUUAAUGCUACUUGUUCUUCAAUGUAUUUAAGUAAGUAAGAGUCAAGUCAACCUCAACUCCACUUGAUUCCCCUUUUCUUUGUGCCAACUAGAAAUACCGAUACUGUGUUAUUGACUCACACACACAUACACAAAACACAACAUAAGCAGACACAAAUAAUCAGGUAUAAUCAGGUAUAUUAUUUAAAUCCUACACAGCAUACAUGUACAGUAUGUGCUGCAGUGCAUGGAGGAUGAUGUGUCAACAUCAGUUGUUGCAGUUGUCAUGACAGGACAAGUAGUAGUAUUCCACUCAUGAUAAGUGCAGUCUGUAUGCACAGACAGUCCACCAAUGCCUCAGCCCUGCUUUAGUGGUCAGCCAUAAGCCUAUUGGGAUCUUAUAUGACAUGGUGAUGGGCUUAGAUGCCGCUGGUGAUGGUGGCAGCUAUUCUCUGUGCAAGAGUAUUAGCGGUGCUAAAAGCAGUACGUAAUACCAUCAGGGCCAACUGUGUUAUGAGGACGUGUUACUUUAACUGAGGGAAGAGGGCAGGGGAUGAAGCAAAGGUUCACAGUGACGCUCUUUAGCUCCUCAGGAGUCAGUACAUUCCCUUCCUAGUCACUUACAGACAACACAGCAGAUGCACCUUUAGGUUUCUGGACAUGUUUAGCAAGUUGAAGGGCCUCCUCAGUGGCCCACAGGUGCCACAAGCUUCUGGGACCACCAGUGUAGCUCCUAACCCGGCUCCAGACCCAGCUCCAAAACCUGCUCCACCUCCAGCUGCAGAAAAGGAGGAGAAGCCAGCCGAUAAGGAGAAUGAGGACAACAAAGUGGACAAACCGCAGGAAUCAACUCCAGCCCCGGCCCCGGCACCGGCCCCGGCUCCGGCCCCAGCCCCGGCCCCGGCCCCAGCCCCUGCCCCGGCUCCUGCCCCUGCUCCAGCUGCAGCUCCAGCUCCAGCUCCAGCUCCAGCCCCAGCAGCAGCCCCAGCCAACCCUGAUCAAGCGGGAACUGAGGGACAGGAGGCGGCCUCACCUCUACCCAUAGUCAUCAACAAGUACUCAGAUGCGCAGCUCAGAGCCAUAGCCAAACAGAUGAAAGAAAGACUGAACAUCUACAAGGAGAAAGUGACUGAUCCGCACGCUUCAUCUCCAGAGAUCAGCCCUCCUGUCACACCACUGCUGCGCAAAGACCACUACACAAAAGUCAUCGAGGAGAGGAAAAGGCAAGCAGAGGAGGACCGGAUAAAGAAGGAGGAGGCUGAGAAGAAGAAGAAAGAGGAGCAGGAGCAGAAAAAGAAGGAGGCCGAGCAGAAGAAAAAGGAGGAGGAGGAGAAAAAGAAAGCAGAGGAUAAAGAUGAGAAGGAGGAGGAGAAGAAAGAGAAGGUGGACAUAAAGGCCAAGUUUAUUGCAUUUUUCUGGUCUUUUGUUGACAUUCUGCUGAAGCCAAUAGAGGACAGCAUGGACUCUGUGGUGGGGACGACCAUCGACCCUUUCACAGACCGUCGCUACAUCGCCUGGCUGAGCGUGGUGACUCUUGCCUUCAACUACAACACCUGGUUCGUCACAGCCCGUCUGUGUUUCCCGUAUCACACUGAGAGCGCCAUCCCUCUCUGGUUCGGACUGGACUUGCUGGCCGACGCCAUCUACCUCAUAGACAGCAUCAUCUUCCAGCCCCGCAAACAGUUUGUCAAAGGAGGAGACAUCAUAAAAGACAGACAGUUGACAAAGAAGAACUACAGAGAAUCAGAGAGAUUUAUGGUAGACAUGGUGUGCCUCCUACCUUUCGACUUCCUGUACUUCCAAUUUGGAUUCAAGUCCAUUUUCAGAGCCAAUCGUAUGCUGAAGGCAGAUACGUUUUUCGAGUUCAGUGACCGUCUAGAAAGCAUCAUGGCCAAGGCUUACAUCUGGAGAGUGAUUCGCACCAUCGGCUAUCUCCUCUUCAUGCUCCACCUCAACGCCUGCUUCUACUAUGUGGCUUCAGAAUACCAGGGCAUUGGCAAAACUAAAUGGGUUUACUCCGGCCUGGGCAGUGCUUACCUCAGCUGCUUCUUCUAUGCGGAGAAAUCCCUGCUGAUGAUCGCUGAGUUGCCAAUUCCUGACACCAUGUUCGGACAGAUCUUUCAGAUGACAAACUACCUUUUUGGGGCAUUCUUUAUGUCCGUCAUGCUUGGCCAGAUGAGAGAUGUCAUUGGUGCAGCCACAGCAGGGCAGACCUAUUUCCGGACCUCCAUGGACAACACUGUGGCCUACAUGGUGACCAACCACAUCCCCUCUUUGGUGCAGAACAGAGUCCGCACCUGGUACACCUACACCUGGGAUGCUCAGGGCAUGCUGGAUGAGUCAGAGUUGCUGGAUAAGAUGCCUUUGGUGAUGAGAACUGCCAUUGCUGUGGACAUCAACCUGGCAACUUUUCAGAAGAUUGAUCUUUUCAAGGGCUGUGACCAGCAGAUGUUGGUUGAUAUGUUACUGAGGCUUAAGUCUAUCGUCUAUCUACCAGGAGAUUUUGUCGUCAAGAAAGGUGACAUCGGUAAAGAGAUGUACAUCAUCAAGAGUGGAGCGGUGCAGGUGGUGGGAGGACCUGACAACAGUAUUGUGUUUGUCACACUGAAGGCUGGCUGUGUGUUUGGAGAAAUCAGUCUGUUGCAAUCAUCCAAAGAUGGAGGAAACAGGCGUACAGCUAACGUCAAAGCUUACGGCUUCGCUAACCUCUUUGUCCUGGAGAAGAAAGACCUCUUUGACAUCCUCGUCCACUACCCAGAGUCUCAGAAAGUGCUGGCCAGGAAAGGAAGGAAACUAAUGAAGGCCAAGGGUCCAGCAGCAGUUAAAGUUGAAGAGGACAAGAAGAAAGGACUGGCGCUGUUCGGACCCAAACCUCCCACACCCAAACUGCUGCGUGCUGUCGGUGGAACUAUUAACAAAAGAAUGAUUGACAAAUUGAAGAGUGCUGCUGGUGGCCGAUGAUUGUAUGUUAUUUUUAUUUUUUUUUUAUAAUAACUCCUUUUUGGGAGUGAAUGUACAAUUUUAUUUUCAACCUCUUACUGCUCUUUUGUACUGAGCGUGUUUUGUUUUAUGUUAAGAUGUUGUUUGAGAUGGAUUAUCGAUAGGUUUGGUUUGACAUAUCUGGAACUCUGCACAGACAAAGUUGACCACAGUGAGGAGCGAGCACGAUUGUGAGCUUUACUGUAACUAAAUUAGAUGUAACUGGAUGAAAAGAAAAUUCAAAAUUACAAUUAAAACACCUUUAAAAAAACAAAUCUAUAACCCAACCUGGCUGAGACAACAAGUGGUGCUAAGCUAACAACAAAAACUUUAUUCACACAUGUAUUUCCAAACUGCUGUGAUGAGAUGUGCUGUAAAUGAUUCCAGAGACUGUCUGUCAACCUCAGCUACUGCCCCUUGUGGAUACUGCCUGUUGUAUACUGAAUAUAUAUUUUUAUAGUUUAUAGUCUGUCUGCUUUUAUUGGCUAUAUUUAUUUAUUUAUUUACGUUUGCCAAUGCACAUUAGUUGUAAAAGCAGACAGAGAUUAUCCACCAUUAUAACAAUUUAUAACAAUCACUGAAAGUAAUGCUGACUAUAUAAUAUUUGAUUGAUUUGAUCUCCGUCUAUAUCUACUUAAAUAAAUAAU